CAGGAAGAAGAAGCGGCGGUCGCUCACGCUGUCUGUUGGUGGUACUGGCUAGCUAACUACUGCUCGUUUGUGGAUCAUGGCUGCUUCAAAGCCAGUCGAGCCGCAGUCCGGGACUGGACUACCCCGCUGGCAGCUGGCCCUGAUAGUCGGGACUCCUAUAGUGCUGGGAGUAGGGGCGUUUUACCUCUGGAAUCGCAGCAGGACGAAGGAAAGGAAAGGGACCGGGGAGCGGAAAACACCAGAAGGCAGCGCAAGCCCCGUGCAGGGCCAAGACGGCGCAACACGAGCCAGCCGAGAGCAGGAGAAUAUGAGCCCUUUGGAUCGGGCACAAGCAGCAAAGAACAAGGGUAACAAGUACUUCAAGGCCGGAAAGUAUGAGAACGCCAUUCAGUGCUACACAGAAGCCAUUGCUCUCUGCCCCACAGAGCAAAAGACUGACUUGUCAACAUUUUACCAGAACAGAGCUGCAGCCUACGAACAGCAGAUGAAAUGGACAGAAGUGGUACAAGACUGCUCUCAGGCCGUGGAACUGAAUCCACGCUAUGUCAAGGCUCUGUUCAGGAGGGCUAAAGCUCUGGAAAAACUAGACAACAAGAAGGAGUGCCUAGAGGAUGUCACAGCGGUGUGUAUUCUUGAGGCUUUCCAGAACCAACAGAGCAUGCUGCUAGCAGACAAGGUGCUGAAGCAGCUGGGAAAAGAGAAGGCCAAAGAGAAAUACAAGAACCGUGAACCGAUGAUGCCUUCUCCUCAGUUCAUCAAAUCCUACUUUAGCUCGUUCACUGAUGACAUAAUCUCGCAGCCUCUGCAGAAGGGGGAGAAGAAAGAUGAAGACAAGGACAAGGAGGGCGAGGCAGCGGAGGUCACUGGGAGCUCUGGCUACCUGAAGGCAAAGCAGUACAUGGAGGAGGAGAACUAUGACAAAAUCAUCAGUGAAUGCACCAAGGAGGUUGAGUCAGGCGGCCGAUACACUGCAGAGGCGCUCCUGCUGCGUGCCACUUUCUACCUGCUGAUAGGUAACGCUACUGCUGCUCAACCUGAUUUGGACCGGGUGAUCAACAUGCAAGACGCCAAUGUGAAGCUACGAGCCAAUGCUUUGAUCAAGCGUGGAAGCAUGUACAUGCAGCAGCAGCAGCCUAUGCUCUCUACACAAGAUUUCAACAUGGCAGCCGAGAUUGACACACGCAACCCUGAUGUCUAUCACCACAGGGGUCAGCUGAAAAUCCUGUUGGACCAGGUGGACGAGGCAGUGGGAGACUUUGAUGAGUGCAUCCUCCUCAGACCUGACUCUGCUCUGGCCCAGGCACAGAAAUGCUUUGCUCUUUACAGACAAGCAUAUACUGGAAACAACCCGUCACAAGUACAGACAGCCAUGGACGGCUUUGAGGACGUUAUCAGAAGGUUCCCCAAGUGUGCAGAGGGCUACGCUCUUUAUGCUCAGGCUUUGACUGAUCAGCAGCAGUUUGGAAAAGCAGACGAGAUGUAUGACAAGUGUAUUGAACUGGAACCAGACAAUGCUACUACAUAUGUCCACAAGGGUUUGUUACAGCUUCAGUGGAAACAAGACCUUGACCUGGGGCUAGAUCUCAUCAGUAAGGCCAUUGAAAUUGACAACAAAUGUGACUUUGCCUAUGAAACAAUGGGAACCAUUGAAGUUCAAAGGGGCAAUCUGGACAAGGCAAUAGAAAUGUUCAACAAGGCCAUUAACCUAGCCAAGUCAGAGAUGGAGAUGGCCCAUUUGUACUCAUUAUGUGACGCAGCAUACGCCCAGACAGAAGUGGCAAGGAAAUACGGGCUGAAACCUCCGACACUGUAACUUCUCCGCCAAUUGAUCGCCAAUCUUUUCAUUGCUCAACCUAAAUGUGUUAAAAGUGCAACUGUCUGACUUAACUUUGAUUUAUAAAAAGAAAAAAAAGAAUGCGUACUGGAUGAUAUGAGAAAGAGGGGGGUGAAAAAAGGAAGAGCCCUGAAAUGAUAUACCAGGUGGACAUCACAUUAAAAGGGUUUUGUUAUCGCGGAAAGAAGGAUUUCUAUUCACAAUCGAGCCGAGUCUGUGAUCCAGGCCUCUUGUUGACUCGGUGGUUGCAAGAGUAUGAAGUUGGAUAGGGGGUCUUAUCCAGUGCAGCCCUUUGAUUACACUUAAUUCAACCAAAACAUCAUCGUGAAACCUUUUUGUUUCUCAGAAUAAAGAGAGAGAUUGUGUCAUCUAGAGAGAAAAACAUACAUGGAUGGCCAUGUAUGCCUGUCUGAAUUAAUAGUAACUAUGUACAAUGUAAGAGAAUUGAAAUGUGCGCAGUCUGUUGAACCAAUUACUGACUUAAAGGCUUUUGUGACAGUUUUAAAUCUACAGAAAAUACUGUGAGAGCUUUAUGUAGUUCUAAUGGACUGUUCACUUGUUAAUAUAUGCUGAUCUAAAGUGGUUUUGUCCAGUUACUUUCAUAUUGUAACAUACAUUAUCGGUUCCGAAUGCAAGAUUAAAAUUGUAGUUACAUGUGUAAUGUCUGUGUUUGUAAUGCUGGAAUUGAUCCCAUGGACUCGGUGCAACAGAGGUUAGUUUAGCAUCUGAAGUGUUUUUUUUUUUUAUGGGAUUGCCUGUUGUUUUUUUAUAUACUUAUUGCAGCAUGUUCACUUUAUAAAUGUAAAUGCAAUGCUUGUGCUGUCUUGAACACUAGGAAAUCCCAACUAUAAGAGGCUUUGGGCAAAACACUUUAGAUUAGAAAGACUUAACCAACUUUAUAUCUUUAGUUUUUUGAGAACGUUAUUUUUGAAUUGCCUCUAGUGUCAGAAGAUGUCACAAGGGAUUGGAUAAGUGGUUUUUCCUAGCUCACUUUAUUGAGAGAAACAUGAUUUAUUUUCUAUUUUAUUGUAAAAUUUUUCUUUUUCAUGAUACAUUUGGUCUUAUCUUUUGACAGAGUAACACCAAGACUGGUUUAAUUUUUUCUCUCCUUUUCAAAAUAUAUUCUCACAACCCAAGCCUUAUUGUUUCUAACCUACGUGUAAGCCUGAGAAUCUCUUGGUACAGUGUGUGAUUUGGUUCUCAAGUAGCAUCCAUACUUACUUAAAAUAAGAUAAAAUUAGGCGCCACUGCCGAAUGUCAAAUUUGAGAAAACCAAAUUCAAAUAUUUUGUGUUGUGACAUUCAUUCAUCUAGCAGCAGUAACGGCUACAUUUUAUUAAAUGGGGUAAUACCAAGGAACCAAAUUAUGCAUUCCAGCUACAGCUCAUCAAAAGUCAUCUUUCUUAAACUUACACAGUCAAACAGAGCUAACCCUGGCUGUUUGAUAGAAAUUACACAUUAUUCAUCCAUGAUAUGUAGUGACCAAAGUGAAAGAGAAUGAAUCCUAAUAAAGUUAUAAUUCCUGGAAUGAA